UCCGCCGCCUUCCGGGGCCGGGCCGGGCCGGGCCUGCUGUGCCGCCGGGAUGCUGCUGCCGCGGGCGGGGGGCGCGGCGGGACGGUCCCCGCCGCCGCUGGCCGCCCUGUCCCAGGUGCUGCGUCUGGAGCGGAACCGCCGCACCGGCAUCGUGUUCCCGCUGCAGAAGCUGGAGCGCUACCUGGCUCCCGGCACCGACACGGCGCCGUUCCGCCUCUUCCAGCCCGGCCUGGGCGCUUUGCAGCGCGCCGAGGCGCUCUUCAGGUCCCGCCGCGGCCACGCCAUCGACUAUGUGAGCUCCGCCGUCCGCAUGGACCAUGCCCCGCCGCCCGCCCUGCCCGAGGUGUGCUUCAUCGGCCGAAGCAAUGUGGGGAAAUCGUCUUUAAUCCGGGCCUUGUUUUCACUGUCUCCAGAAGUGGAGGUCAGAGUGUCAAAAACUCCAGGCCACACCAAGAAGAUGAAUUUCUUCAAAGUAGGGAAGUACUUUACUGUGGUGGAUAUGCCAGGCUACGGCUACCGUGCCCCACGAGACUUUGUAGAGAUGGUGGAGGCCUAUCUGCAGGAACGGCGCAACUUGAAGAGGACUUUUCUGUUAGCUGAUGGUGUACUAGGACUCCAGAAAGCAGAUCAUAUUGCCGUAGAGAUGCUGGAAGAGUUUGGGAUUCCUUAUGUGAUGGUGUUAACAAAAAUUGACCGAGCUUCCAGGGGACUGUUGUUAAACAACGUACUGAAGAUCCAAGAGUUUAUAAAAGAGAAAACUCAGGGGUGCUUUCCUCAGCUAUUCCUGGUCAGUUCUGUGGAGUUUUCGGGGGUUCACCUGCUAAGGUGCUUUGUAGCCCAUGUUACUGGAAACCUGCCUACUGUAGAGGCCAGCUGAAAACACUGGCUCCUGAUCUGCUUGGCUCGUCCAGAACAAAAGGUGGAUGAACAAAAGAACACAUCUUUAAUGGGGUCUACUUUUUCAUCGCUGUUGGCUUGAAUCAGAGUGGAACGAAAGACUGACACCUGUCAUCAGUCAGUGCCGCUUCUACCUUCUGCUUUAAAUCCAAUGUGAAGUUCUGCAGCUGCACUGAGAUCAAUUGCCAGAGAUGAGACACACUGUCUGUUAUCUGCAUCUGUUCUACCCUGGCAGCUGAAGCAUAAGCUGAUGUCCUGUACUCGUUUGAGACACUGUAGCAGCUGGCAGAACUGUGUCCCACAGCAGCUAAGAGCACCCGAAUGAAGUUGGCUUGUUACAAGGCACAGAAUUGGAAAAACAAAAGGACUGCCAUCAAUAGCAGCAGUUGUUGCAAGAGAGUUGAGACUAAAGCUACUAAGUGCCUCUGUCAAACUGGCACUCAGUCCUUGUGUCUUAGCGUUGCCAAAUGCAGGUAUGCAGUUGUUACUUAUUUACAUCAAGUGUAUUAAACCGGAAGAAAAAGCAGGUCUUUUGUGAACCAUCCUGGGGUAUUUGUAGUGUUUUGUUCCAUUGUGGAAUUUCUUGUAACUCUCAGACUAGCCAUGAGCUGAGAUCUGUUUACAGCAUAACGAGUCGGGGGGCACGAGGGAAUGCAAGGGGAAGAUGAGGAUCUCUAGCUUCCACAUCUUAGCAGAGAUCAAGCCUGUAAUUCUCUUAAUAGUUUACCUCUAAUCCCAAAAUGCUGCAGAGCAAGCCAGCCUCUGGGAUGCUUGAUCCUAGAGGGAAGUGCAGUAGUAUCUAGACAGAUGGAACAGGUGCAAGUGAACACUUCAGGAAUAAUCUUUUCUUAGUAUCUUAAAACCAGGAUCUUCCAGAAGCAUCAAUCUUGUCAAGGCUGUCAUUUUCAAGACCUCAGCCAUGACUGAAGAGCCUCUGAAAAUAAGUUUGUAUAUGUAAAAAAGUGCACUUCUGGUUUUCGUCCGUCUUCAGAACAAAACCCUUUACUAGUGCUAUAGCAAAUCUUUUAUUAACCAAUUAAGUGCCUUAAGUAUGUCUGGUAAAUCCAUUUGUAUUAAAAAGUGCUUUGAAAUGGCAGCAGAGUCUGAAUUGGACCUCAUGACCAUUGUGGGUGUGUAUAGUUGCCUUGAGGUGUCCUUAGUGGAAGCCAUAUGCAGCCAGGUCAUAUGUUUUCUCACAGCGGUACUAGAAACAGUAGAUACAGUCUUAUGCUGAAGAACCAGCUUUACCUCUGGACACAUCUCAGUUUUCGAUUGUGUUGGUCAAAAGCUCUUCAUUCACAAGUGCUUCGAAUACUGGAAUGAUUUUUUGCAUUUUGCUGAGCCAUCUGCAGGAGAGAAACCACAGUUUGUUACAUGCAAGAAUCAGUACUCUUGUGAUAGAUAAGCUGGUAAAUAAAGUCACGUCCUCUCCUUCACUUCAACAUUAAAA